UACACCAUGCUUUGUUGUCUACUGAAUUCACUUCCAAAAACAAAUCCUGAGGCUAGUUCCAGCUUCUUGUGUUCCUUUUAGUUUUAUUGCUUCUCUUUAAUUGUAGUUAACUUUACGGUAUACUGUCAAGUGAGCCGAAAUUUAGAGUUUACUACUAAAGCCGUGUAUAGAGAUAUACAGUGAUGUUCACUAGGUGACAACUGACAAGUACUGAAAAAGCCUCAGGCAGCAAUUUGCUCCAUAUCUCCCCCAUCUUGAGCUUUAAAGGUUGAAGUAUUAAAUGGCCCCAAAGUUAAUCAUCUACAUAAGCUCCUUUGGCAAACAUCGAAUUUCCAAGCUCCAAAUUUUUCUUGCACUCGACAUGAAAAAAGCUUGCUUCUUGUCCAUGAAUCAAAGAACUCAAAGGACAAGAAUGUACCGUCUAGUGUUGAGAAAAAAAGUGAAGUUUGUAAAAGUUUCAGUGCAUAGAAAUCUUUGUACUCUGCGAAGGAUUGUUCCAGGUUGCGAGGAGGCUGAUUUAGAAACCAUGUUUCAGAGGUCUAUCGAGCAUAUUAUCAAAUUAAAGUCACUAGUUUAUGUUCUCAGAAGCCUUGCAAACUCCUAUGGUGUAUGACUGGAUUUAUUGCUGGAAUUAUCUACAAUUGCAUCAACUGUAAGUUUCAAUUUCUUGUAACACAGAAUUGGCCAAGCAGAAUAUAUUUCUGAAGCAUCCUAAGUGUAUUUUAGACAACAAAUGUCAAGGCAUAUUAUCAUUUAUCUUUCAGAAUCCAAAGAUUUUUUUUA